UUUUUCAGGUGGAUGUCACAGCGGCUGCCAAACGCUCUGUCAAACAAGCCUAAAGUUGGAGGACGGGGGAGGAGGAUGAAUUCAGCGGUGAGACCAGGGCAGCUGGAAGAACCGCGCAGUGUGUGUGAGCCCCGUUGUACGGAAUGAUGAGCGGACGCGGUGUUUUCGGCGGAUAUCAGGCGGCGGCGGCGCUGGCGGCGGGGACCCUGCUGUGAGAAGGAGCGGGCUGACUGUCCCUCUAGCUGCUGCUAGCCUGUUAGCAAGCGAGUUAGCAUCGAGCGGUCUGCUACUGUUAGCAUCGAGUGUCUGCGGUGAAACGUUAGCCAGCUCCCUCCGAGUUUGACUGCAGGCUCGACCCAGAAGAGUCGGGCUCUCCUGAGGAGGACACCAUGAACUACCAGGACAAAGUGCAGAUGAGGCACAACCCUCGCAGACAGCUGAAGAAGCUGAGUGAGGACAGUCUCACCAAGCAGCCAGAGGAAGUCUUCGAUGUCCUGGAGAAGCUGGGCGAAGGGUCUUAUGGCUGUGUGUUUAAGGCCAAUUAUAAAGAAACUGGGGAGAUUGUAGCCAUCAAACAGGUUCCUGUGGAGUCUGAUCUUCAAGAGAUCAUCAAGGAGAUCGCCAUCAUGCAGCAGUGUAACAGUCCCCAUGUGGUGCGAUACUACGGCAGCUACUUCAAAAACACAGACCUGUGGAUCGUCAUGGAAUACUGUGGAGCCGGAUCCGUAUCUGAUAUCAUCCGAAUACGUAACAAGACGCUCACAGAAGACGAGAUCGCCACCAUCGUGCAGUCAACGCUGAAGGGUCUGGAGUAUCUUCACUUCAUGAGGAAGAUCCACCGCGACAUCAAAGCAGGAAACAUCCUGCUGAACACGGAGGGUCAGGCCAAGCUGGCCGACUUUGGAGUUGCUGGACAGCUGACAGAUACGAUGGCGAAACGAAACACGGUCAUCGGCACGCCGUUCUGGAUGGCUCCAGAAGUCAUACAGGAGAUCGGCUACAACUGUGUGGCCGACAUCUGGUCUCUGGGAAUCACAGCUAUAGAGAUGGCCGAGGGCAAGCCGCCCUACGCGGACAUACACCCGAUGAGGGCCAUCUUCAUGAUUCCCACCAAUCCUCCCCCAACGUUCCGGAACCCGGAGCUGUGGUCUGAGGGCUUCCGGGACUUUGUCAGCCAGUGUUUGGUGAAGAACCCAGAGACCAGGGCGACGGCCACACAGCUGUUACAGCAUAAAUUUAUUAAAUCAGCCAAGCCCAACUCCAUCCUCAGAGCUCUGAUCGCAGACGCCAUGGAGAUCAAACUGAAGAGGCAGGAGGAGGCAGAGCAGAGAGAGCAAGACGCCGAUGACGACGACAAUUCGGAUGAAGAUGAGGUUGACCAGGGCACGAUGGUCCGGGCAGGUACCGGUGACUCAGGAACCAUCCGGGCCGCUGGUUCUUUAACGGGUUCACUUGGCAGCACAGCAGGGACUAUGAUUGAACACGAAGACACGGGAACCUUGCAGUCACAGCUGGGCACCAUGGUCAUCAACUCUAAAGAUGAUGACGAUGGAGAUGAUGAUGAUGAGGAAAAUGCUGGCACUAUGAAACGGAGAGAUGAAACGAUCCAGCCUGCCAAGCCAUCCUUCCUGGAGUACUUUGAGCAGAAGGAGAAGGAGGCUAACAGUCAUAAUGAUGGAGGAGGAAGAGGACAAAACAACGCAGAUAACCGCAAACUGCCUGGAGAAGGAGAUCUUGAAGUGAUAAGCACGUGGUCGGUGGAGGAGCUGCGGGGGAAGCUCGCCUCUCUGGACCCUCAGAUGGAGCAGGAGAUCGAGGAGAUCCGCCAGCGCUACCAGGCCAAGAGGCAGCCCAUCCUCGACGCCAUUGAGGCCAAAAAACGAAGGCAGCAGAACUUCUGAGAAGCUCUCGAGGAUUUCUCUGGUUUCCUGCAGCAGUUUGAGGACUCGGGCUGAGCUCAAACUGGUCCCAGCCUGAUGCGACGUUUGGGAAACUGCGAGAGGGCGAGUGGUGUUGAUGGCGUUGGAUGUCUACCUGCUGAGUUUGUUGAACUGAGAUCCACGAGUCCUCUGUUCUAGUCUCAGAGGUUCAUGGCAGUUCUUUAUAUUUGGACAUCAGCAGCAGCUGGUUUGGACUUGACUUUCUUUCUGCUUAUUUCAAGCUUGCACACGGCUGUCUUAAUCAUACGGUGGGAACACUCAGAGCCCGCCUCUAAGUGUCCUUCCUGUAAUCAUGUGGUACAUCAUCAUUCAAACUGCUGCCUGUUAAACUUUGGUACUCGCCUGUUAGUUUCAGCUCUUGCCAUGGCUGCUGGUAAGCAGUGAAGCUGCUGAGGUUUCCUCCUCACAGCGAGGCGUUUUACACCAUCAAUCCUCAUUCUUGAAAGCAAAAAUGCACAAAAGUAAAAAAAUGUAGGACACAGAGAGAACUGGGUUCUGCCCGCACGCGUCUGCUUUUGCAAAGAGCUCUUAAAAAAAAAAACACACCCUUUCCCAGUUGCACAGAAUUUUAAUUGAUAGCUAAAAGCAGAGGAGGUAGCGGUCCACUCUCCCUCCUCCUCUUUCACUCGAUCGGUCUUCUGAGAGAUGCUGCAGAUAUUCUGUUUCCACACAGUUUGGCUCUUUGCUCUGAACUCCAAAGUUAAGGCUUCCUUCGAAGCUGCUUGAGGAAACUUUUUAAUUUGGUACGUGUCCCUGCUUCUCUGUUUCCUACAUUUCAUGACUUCAUAGCCUUUGGUGUUACAUAGAAGCCCCGUUCAUUAUAUCGGCCUUCAUGUUUGUGCCUCACAGCCAAAAUGUUCCUUUUUCUUGUCUUUGAUCGUCUGUUGGCUGAGCUGCUUUCUGCAGUCAGUCUGCAGUACGGUUAUCUGGAACAUCAUUUCACUUUUUCCCCUUUAUUUUUUAGACGGGGGGAUAAUGUCUAAAUUUUUAUAGGAUUAUGCUGCCAUCAUCUUUUGGUGUCUGUCAUUGAGCAGCAGGACCGUUACUGUUUACAGCCCACAGAUGAUUGUUCUGCUUGUCUGAUGAUUUGUUUUGGUUUGUUGGGCUGCAGGUUCGAGGAAAAGUCUGACAGGUCAGGAGAUCAGAGAGAAAGGAAAUAUGUUUGGCUACAGAGAAAUCAGUUUUAUCUGGCACAGUGUAAUAUUUAGUAAAAGGUUUCUAACACACUGUAAAGAAGAAGAUGUUUACAGGAUAGUCAGCAGUUCUAACUCACCCGUCUGUAACGUCACAGCUCAGCUUCAGUCUCUGCUCGUACAGCAGGGGGAGUUUCAGUCGUCGACGUGCAGGUUAAAUAAAGUUUUUCCCGUGUCUGCUCAGUGGGAUAAAGCCCGCCUGGCUGUCCUGGUUAAACUGUUCUUCUACCAGUUAAUCCUGCUCUACAGAAACAUGCUGCAGUCCAGCAGGGGGCGCUAUCAAGGUAGUCCUGAAUGAAUAGGAGUGAAUGAAGCUAAAUUUAUAAAAUAAUUUACAAAAAAACCCUUCAUUUUAUUUUAGUUUUCAGAAAUCCAGCAUCAAGAAAAUAAAGUAAGACUUUAGAUGUUCUUCCAGUAAAGCUGAUGAUGUCACACAGAACGUUCUGCUGCAGCGUGCUGAUUGGCCAGGAUUUGCGACAGGACGCCCUCCCUCGGUGGUGCCCGUUCCCGAGUAGUAACGAGGCUUCCGGAGCGUGGCUGACGGAUGGCGGGGAUGUGGGCGUGUCUGAGCGGCAGCAGCUGUGAUGGUUGAAGGUGAUGCUUUCAGGACGCUGCAGCUCGACGGUUUUUACUGCAACUGAAACCUGUGAGAAAUACACAGAAAUGUGAACUUUAUGCUGUCUCUCAAAAACAUUUCCAGAAGGAAUUUUACAUUUUUGGGCUGCAGCUCCACAGAGCCUCAUGAGCUCAGAGCGGGAGGUCUCCAUAACAUCUGCCAGGUGACCAAUCAGAGCAGAGACUGAGGCACUGCAGCAGUGAAGCUAAAUUAAUGCAUUCAUUAAAGCAUGCAGAUCUACUCUGCAGGAAAAUAAGAUGAUGAAGUGUACACUAGCAUAUCAGGGCGUUUGUAACAUUACAGUGUGUUAGAAAUCAUUCAUUAAAUGUUUAAAAAUCUUUAAUAGGGGAUGUUGGAGGAGGAGCGCUAAUCUUUGUUUCAUCAGCUUACCCGGUAACCUCUUCAUCGCUCCAAAGCCACCGAUGAUGGAGGUGAAACAUGGAGCGUGGGACCCUGAAGUUCAAAUCCUGUUUUUCUCACAUUCAUAUUGAGAGUUUUGAUGCUCUGAUUGUUGUUUGCACCAAGAUGUGAAAUCUGAGCACAUUUGCCUUUGGCUGAACCAGCGGUGCCCUUCUUAUCGUUUGGAUUUAUUUAUUUUCCUCCUGAAAUGAGCUCUGCAAACCGCUGGUUUGACAGAUCGAGCGAAGCUUUUAUCCCCUGGUUAGAAUUGGCACAGCAGACUCCGCGAGGCUGCCCCUGAAACUGCACCAAGAAGACGCAACUUCUGACAUUCCUGUAGGAGGUCCAGCACAAGAGAAAAUGAGGGAUGAUUUCUAUUUUUAUACGUGGGUUUAGCAGCGACGUGUCGGGGUGAAAACGAGCGGCUCAGGUCAUAAAACUCCUCAGGGGUGUAAAAUAAUGAGAGGUGAUUAGAAAAGGCUGUAGAUAGUUCAGAGAUCCUUCACACAGUCACGUCUGUAUAUAUGAGCUACACUCAGCUGUGUGUGUAUAUUUUGAUUCAUUCAUGUUACUGCUUAAAAUAUUGAGCAGUUAUCAAACGAGGACGAGUCAGAACUGCUGUUUCUGGAGGGAAACCCUUCAGCUGGGUUCAUCACUGAAUGCUGUAUUUAAAGGAGGGUUCAAACCCCGAGUUUGCAGAUUUUCCUGUGGCCUGUAGUGCUGUUUAUGUCUCCGAUAUUUUAGUUAAAUGCUCCGUUUAUAUCUGCGCUCCUUUCAGUGGCGUGCAGCUGCAUGAAGCUUGGCUCCAGUCAGACGAACAGAAGUGCAGAAGUGAACCUGCCUCCAGCCUGCUGCAUGUAUUUGGCCCCUGUGGAUGUUUCUCAUGUACAGUGGCUUAUUAUUUUUCUUAAAUGCAUCUGUUUAGAUUUUAUUAUGGUUUUAAAGUAGACACAGGAAGCUGGAGCAGAUCCGUGUCACCUCAGCUGACUGGAGUCUGCCCGUGUUUGUGCUCUCAGUGCCUUUGGAGACCCAGCUGUGCUGCAGAGCAUCCAGGAAGUCUGUGCUGGGCUUCUGUGGUCGCUGAACUCCACUGAAAAAUCAGUUUCAUACUUUGCAAUAAUCAGGAGCCACAGGCGUCUUUGCACUGCACCCGUACUCUAUGGAUCCUGUCGCUCAGCUGGCUUGUUGAUGUUGGCUGAUAGGUUCUCAGCCAAAUAUGAUCUGUAGUCCAAAAGAAGAAAACAAAGCCUGAGGCUGCAAAAUGUGCAGUCCUGCAGGGUCCACGGGGCGAGUGCCAUUCAGCUUCUAUCACAAAAGGCAUCUCUGCAGCUCCAAACUCACCAAACUGAUACGGUGGAUAAAUAACACAGCAGGCCUGAGGAGCACUGUGUGCAUUAGUUUGAACUGCUCCAUUAAGCUUCCUGUGUUUUGUUUGUAUGAUAAUGACUCAGUUCAUUUCCUGCUGUGUGUUACAGGCUUGUUUCUGCCUCGGCCGGCUUUUCACAAUAUACGAACUGGUUUUGAUCACGUUGUUUGAUCCUCAGGCUCAGAUAUUGAUUGAUGUUUAAUUUGAUGCAUGAGCUGCUGUUUGAAAUUAAGUCGAAGUCACUGGAGAAGCAGAGCAUCUCUUUCUGUUUCUGAGCCUUUUCUGAACUGGAGAAUUUGGAGGAACGGACAUCUCAGAGUAUUUGCAGGUUUAUUUUUGGUGCUCUGUUUUAAAAGGUCAGAACAAUUAAAAGGUCCACACCUCAUUUUUCCUGCGAACAUUCAUGUUUCCUGAACCACUGCAGUGAAGUCUCACUCAGCUUUACUUUUAAUUCUUACUGAAACAAACUGAUUCAUGUGUAACUGUAAUAAUUAUCCACUGUAAUGUUUAGUCCAUUUGGUCAUGUUUGCAGCUGUUUUAUGUUAUUUAAUUUCAGCUGCAAAUUCAAGCACAAUAACGAACAUUUUAAUGUUAGAGGGUCGAACAGAGACCUUCAUUGGAUUCCUGAGGAAACAUAAAAGUGCCUGCAAACGUGAACAAAGAAAACAGAGACCUCCGAAUGCUGCCUCAGUUCAUCCACUCCUGAUUGGAUUAUUUAGACAAACCGCAGGUGACGCCUCCCUGUUCCUGUUACUCUGAAAGCUCAGCCUGGUUUCUCUGAGCGUGCUCAGUCGCGUCUGCCUCGUGUCUGACAUCACUGCUGUUUGUGUUUUACAUGUUUUUGUUUGCUUGUCUAACAAUGAAAUAAAACUAAAG